AUGUGGUUCGCCCUGACCCAGAUCCAGGCCAUCCACGAAGAGACAUGUGCCAAGGAAGAGCUAGAUAAACGCCAGGCCCAGCUCAUCAGCGCCCUCCAGUGCUUCUCUCAUCUGGAGGCGCCUCCCUUACUCCCACCACCGCGCAAACGCAAACCAGCAAAGAAGAAAGCCGCCAAGGAACCGCCAAAACCAAAGCCAAAACGACCGAAGAAAGCACCGAAAGUACCGCAGACAUACGGAAGACUUGCUGUCGCUCGCUACAGCACUGUCGACGAUGCUAGCGGCGAUAAUGCUAGUGCAGUACAAAAGCAUAUCACUGACUACAUCGAACUGGGGCUACGGUUUCAGCAACCAGCAGAAAAUAUCGCUGAGUUGAUGGCAAAGUCGUUGGUGGAUAAGCAUGAUUAUACCCAGGCGUUAAGCCGGCUACGGCUCAAGUUCCCUCGUUUACACCCCAAAUACAAACGAAGCCUCCGACUGAUCACGCUGAGGAUGCUUGGCGUCGACGAGCCGGCAGUACUGCAAGUGGUCACUCGGAUAAACCACGACGAUGAUCGGUAUCCCGUGGGCCAGCUAUUUGCUCCCAUAACCGAUAGUCCCAGUCUAUGGGAUCAGACGUGUCUGGGGCCUCAACUUAGUGAAGAGGAUAUAAUGUGGUUAUAUGAUCUUGACGAAAACGACGAUUCCAGUGGAUCGGAGGACUCAGAAUACUCAGCAGAAUUCGCUGACGGCGGCGUGGUGGUGCUCACCCAGGAGGGUGAUAUACUGCACGUGCUGGACUCCGAAGAUGAACCUGAACCAUUGAAGUUUGUCAAAGACCCAGGUUUCUCUCCCUUAGUCAGUUUGCAAGUUCCACAAGCAGCCCAGGCCCCUCAAAUACCCAUUGAACUGCUCCCUAGUACUCAUACGACACAUGAUCCUAGUCAUCAAGUCGAGCCUUCUAUUGCAACAAAUACUCCCUUCCCACCGACGGUGGCAUCCGAUACCCCGGUUUCUAAUACCCCGCACACGCCACCGAGGGAUGGGAAAGCACUGUCGCUGAUGAACCCAUCCCUCGACUUUGUUCCCCAAAUGAUCAUCCCUGAAUCGUCAAAUCUCGAUCGGAUAGCUGGUAGUCUUCAGAAUAACCCUGAAGCCGAUAUUGCUUUCAUUGAAACUCAAGGCACCGAGGUGGAGUCGAUUUAUUCUACUGCUCGAGAGCAAUGGCUCCUCUCGCAAAAACCCAAGCUUGAACCCGAAGUACAGGUGCCACUGAGCAGCCCGUUGGACGCGUCGCCCGCUUUAAGCCAGUUCAAAAGUCCAACGAAGAGUCCAUUCAAAGUUUACCCGUUUGGCUUUCUCCAAACCAGCACUCAACUUGGACCGGGUGAACCUCAGAUAAGUCCGUUCAAAGCUACCAGUACUCAGUUGAGUCCAUUCCGAGGGUUCAAUAAUCAAAUAUCUCCCACGAAGCCUCAUCGCGGUAUCCACCUCAGUCCCUCAAAGCUUCUUGCCACCAAGAAAGGGCCCAGCUCGGUGCACUCAUCGCAAACCAUCCCUCUGGGGAUCUUUGUGUUCCCCUCGCUGGACCCUUCAAGUACGACAAACCCCAACGUCACCCGCAUGGUUGCUCUGGGAUUUAAGCCGGGUCUGUGGACGGCUAACGGCGCUCAAUUUCGCUGUAUCCCUCGAGCGAUUGAUGACGACCAAGAAGUGGUGGAUUCAGAGGAUGAAGCUCCCGUCAUCAUCGAAAUCGGCCGCAAUCUCGUCCAGGUGCCACUGAGCCAGUAA